CGCCAGCACGCUCCAGCACCCCAAGGAUUCCAAUACAGAACCUUCCCUUCCCACACGCUCCAUGCGGCAGACCCGUCUGCAAGCUUCGCGUGUUGCGCAGUGCAUAGCUGCCUGACCAUUCCAGCUUCACUCUAGUUCGUCUCGUCUCUGGAUCGCCAGUGGGGAGAGGCGAUGGCCGUACGAGGCAUGGAGUUGACGUUGGUGAACGGCACGGUGCUGAGGAUGCAUCUCGAGGAGACGGCGGGAGGGGUGAGGGAGCGAGUGGCGGAGUUGGAGGCGAGGCUGAGGGAGCAAGGCGAGGCCAUGGCGGCUGUCAAGCACGAGCUGGCCGAAAUGCGCCGCGUCAUGGCGCACUUGACGGGCACGGAGGCGGCGGGCGCUGGGGAGAAUGGGCGAGCGGGGCACGGCGGAUCAGGCGUAGGGGGUGCCUCAAGGGAGGUAAGCCUAGGGCAGGGCUCUGGAGCGGAUUAGAACCGAUGGCUCUAUGGCCGCGGAGAGAAUUGUAACGGAGCGGGUGAAGGGCGUUCGAGACGAGCUCCUGUCGCGAAUGGGGGUUUUGAAGGGGCAGGUUUUGCAGGCGGCGCAGAGGGAGGCGAGGCACGCGGUGAGCGAGCUGAAGGCGGAAACGAAGACCGAAAUGAAGACCGAAAUGGCAGACAUGAUCGGGGCGGAGAUGCGAGAGGUUAAGGAGGACGUGGAACACUUGCAGGAGGACAUGGAGGAGUUGGAGGAGAAACGGGGAGCGUUGGCGGAGAGGAUCGGCAGAUUGGAGGCUGCUGUGGAAGGGGGCAUCGACGCUGGCGAGAAGGCGGCACGGAGGCAGGCGGAAUCUGUGAGGGCUGCUACGACGGAGGCAGAAAAGAGGUUGGUGGCAGUGAUAGGGAAGGUGACGGUGUCGGUGGCGCGCUGUAACGCGGCCAUUCAGCAGUGGCGGAAUGAGAGGCGGAGCGAGCGAAACGGGGGUGGGAGAGCCGAGGGCGAGCAGUGUGCAGGGUCAGAGCAGAGCGAGAAGAGGAAGCGGAGGAGGAAGGAGGCAGGGGACGCGGGUGAUGUGACGUCGGAUGUGGCUUCUAGGGACGGCGCUCUCCUGGGGUGUACCUGCGACCUUGCAGGGACAGAUUGGAAGGCGAUGGAGGGAGGAGAAGGGGAGGAGCCGGUGCAGGACGUGAGGAAUGCAGUGACGGCGGGCGCAAUGAGGGAGGCUGCUGAGAGGCGGGAUAUGGAGAGUCAAGUGCGUGCGCUGCGAGAGGAGGUGCAAGCAAUGCAAGGGAGAGUGGCUCACCUCGAAGAGAUGAGUGGUGAAGGGGAGAAGAUAUGGGAGGUACUGGUCAGAGUGUGGAGCAGAGCUGUACCGCAAGACUCCUACCUUCCGCUCACCAGCAUCUCCUUCAUCACAGACUCCGUCCUCUCUCAGCUCGCUUCCUCGCACCACCUCACGGCCAUCAGCCUCAAAGGCUCUACAGGCUUCACAGCAGCAGGAAUUCAAGGGUUGCACUCGCUGCCACGCCUGUCCUGGCUGAGUCUGGAAGACACCCACACCAUGGACGCUGCUCUCGGCAGCAUCACCCGCCUCGCCACGCUCACCAACCUUGUUCUGAGCAACACCGACAUCACCGAUGCUGGGAUAGCGCAGCUGCAGGGGUUGUCGGCCCUCCAGGCGCUGCGCAUCUCUGGCUGUGCGUCGGUUACAUCUGCUGGCAUGGUGCACGUUGGGGCACUGACAGCUCUUGAGUGCCUCACACUGCAUUCCAGUGGAGUGAGGGAGGAGGGAUUGCAGCAUCUGACUGGGCUCACAAGCCUGAAGCUCCUCACCUUGCCUCCAAGAGUGACUGAUUCUGGCCUGAGGCACCUGAGGAACAUGCAACAGCUGGAGAAGCUGGGGCUGUGGAAUGCUGUCAUCACUGCUGAGGGCGUCAGGUGGCUCAGGCGGCUCCAUCGUUUGGAGGACGUUGCAGCGCCAGGCGUGGAUGAUGUGGUUCUAGGAUGGAUUAGGGGCAUUCUCCCUAGAGUGAAGCUGGUUACAGUCCUAGGGUAUUGGAAUCAGCAGCAUGCCUCCAGGAAUUGAGCUGAUGUAGUAGGCGUCAUUGAGUGAAACACGAAAC